AGGCAAUGUUGUAAAGUCACCACCCUGGUAAUCAAGAGUCCAAAAUGUUGAGGAUCUGUGAAAAACUUCGCCAGGUGGACGAGAAAAGCGAAAGAUUCGGUCUGGUGCGCACCGAACCUGACUACCUCCGGGCUCUGUUGGACGCCAUGGCAGACAUGGACAGGCUGAUGGAAGUGGAAGUGCUCAAAAGUUUGGGCGAUGUAAACGUGGAAAGGGGACAACUCGACAAUAACCCAGAGAUGUUCGACAGGGCUAUGGUGUUGUAUAGGACUGCGCUACUCCGGUGUGAGGACGCGAACGUGGGAGAAAGUCUCGAAAAUCGUUACCUGUAUGCGGAGAAACUACGGUUAGGAAAGGUAACCGUUCGGACAGCCUCCGUUAGUUAUGAACCACUUGCUAAGGACAAAGAAAUACCUUCGCUUGCCAAGGUAGCAGAGAAGUUACAGCCACUGGAUUCAAUGUUGACGGACAGCUGUAAGAAAGAUCUCAUAUUGACACAAUAUACGAAGUUUCUGGUUGAAGGUAUUGUGAACGGGGACAAUCUUUUAGAAUCAGAGGCGAUAAAAAGUCUCGGCGACGUUUACCUGGAAAGAGGAACAGAAACCAGAGACACGGCAUACAUGACCAAAGCCUCUGCCCUGUACAACACUGCGCUGGCACGGUGUGGCGAGUCUCAGGGAAAAGUCGCUCUCGUCCACCGCUUAUUGCACACAGCGAAAAUCAGACAGGAAACGGAAAAUAUCAGAAAACAGGAUCUAAGACUAAGGGAGAAAAGACAACUACAACAGCACUUAUUUCGGCACUUCCCAAUAACGUCAGGAAAGACCAUGCCAGGUGUCUCGGGUCACCAGUUCCUGUCGUCUAGAGAGUACAUCGCAAGCCAGACGACCAAACAUGCAACUCCAGACUACAGGGCUUACAGACAGCACCUGACUACAGGAGACCGCGCACUGGCAGUAGGAAAGCUAGACUUGGCAGAACGGCAAUUCACGUCCGCACUAAAACUGAUUCACGAUCGCAACAAACCCGACUGUUGGAAGGAAGCCGAGUGUCUGCGCAGACUUGGAGAUGUCUACGUCCAGCGAGGCAAAACAACAAAAGAAGGCAGAAAGUUCACACAGGCAGCAGCUCUGUACAAUGCAGCCAUGGCCAGGUCAGCGGGCGGAAAAGAACAAAAAUUGACGGAAUGCCUACGGGAGACGGAGCAGUCGUUUCUUCAGUUCACAGCAAAUGUACAAGUGGAACCGAGUUCGUAUGAUACGGUCAUACACCAUAAGAAGAUAUUAGAGAACAUGCGCUCCCGGGCAGAGUCACAACUAGAAGCCAUCGAUCAGCAACACAAUCCGUACCAAUAUGACGAAGAUGACCCAGCUAUGAUACCAGUCGAGAUUGAGCGAGCCGAGGCGGUCAAAGAGUUGUUCAAAACCAUCGCCAAGGACAGACAGGUCUUUAUCAAAGACCUUGUUGACGAGUGUAUUGACACACUCGGUGUCCCUCCGUGUAAGUACGCUUUCAUAGGACUAGGCUCACAAGCAACAGAACUGGUCACGCCCUACUCCGAUCUGGAGUUCGCCAUUCUGAUUGAGGAAGGAAAGGACAAGGACAUUACAAGGCAAUACUUCCUCAACCUCACACACUACCUGAACUUAAAAAGUCAUCAACCUCGGAGAAACCAUCCUCCCAGCCAUGGCCAUCCCGUCACUAAAUGACUUCCAGUCUGAAGACCCAGGGAAAGACUGGUUCUACGACUCCGUCACGCCUCGUGGGUUUGCCUUCGACGGUUUCAUGCCGUGGGCUUGCAAGACACCCUUUGG